AAAAAAAAAAAGGAAAUGUUCACUUCAUUGUUUUCAACGCCAUUCCACUCCCUCUGUCCCUCUCACCUCUUCUUCCCGACAAAAGCCCUCCAAAACCCCACACUUCACUUCUCCUCCUCGCCGUCGCCCCAGCCGCCGCAUUCGCCCAUCGCCACCGCCACCGCCACCGCCACCGCCACGUCCGAGCUCUCGAUGGCUUCGCCCUCUCCCUCCUUGGAGUCGCUGGUUCUCCAGCUCCACGAGAUCUCCGCCGUCAAGUUCGGCAACUUCAAGCUCAAGUCCGGCAUAUCAUCGCCCAUCUACAUUGACCUCCGCCUCAUAGUCUCUUACCCCUCCCUCCUCCGCGACAUCUCCAAUACACUGAUCAACUCCGUCUCCUCCGCCUCAUUCGACCUCGUAUGCGGCGUCCCCUACACCGCCCUCCCCAUUGCCACCUGUGUCUCCGUCUCCAAUAACAUCCCCAUGCUCAUGCGCCGCAAAGAGAUCAAAGACUACGGCACCUCCAAAGCCAUUGAAGGUGAAUUCAAGAAAGAUCAGGUGUGCUUGAUAAUUGAGGAUUUGGUGACAAGUGGAGCAUCGGUGCUGGAGACAGCCGCUCCCCUGCGAGCGGCGGGGUUGAAGGUGAGCAAUGCGGUAGUGUUGAUAGACAGAGAGCAGGGAGGUAGGGAGAAUCUGGAAGCCAAUGGGAUCAAAUUGCAUGCGAUUAUUAGGUUGACCGAUAUGAUAAGGAUCUUGAAAGAGAAAGGGAAGUUAGGUGAUGAAAUGGGAGGAGCGGUGUUGAAGUUCUUGGAAGAGAACAGGAAGGUGGCUGUGCCCCCUGCCGUGAAGGAGGUGAAGGAGAAACCUAGGGCGUUGGGGUACGGGGAGAGGGCAAAAUUGUCGAAGAAUGUGACCGGGAGGAAGCUUUUUGAGGUGAUGGUGGAAAAGGAAAGUAAUUUAUGUGUGGCUGCUGAUGUGGGCACAGCUGCUGAGUUGCUUGAUAUUGCUGAAAAGGUUGGACCUGAAAUCUGCUUACUGAAAACUCAUGUGGACAUAUUGCCCGACUUCACCCCAGAUUUUGGUUCUAAAUUGCGUUCGAUUGCUGAGAAGCACAACUUCAUGAUAUUUGAGGACAGAAAGUUUGCAGACAUUGGAAAUACAGUGACGAUGCAAUAUGAAGGAGGCAUAUAUCGGAUUUUAGAUUGGGCCGAUAUAACUAAUGCCCAUAUUAUAUCGGGUCCGGGAAUAGUUGACGGGUUAAAGUUGAAGGGACUACCUCGGGGCAGGGGCUUAUUACUCCUUGCUGAAAUGAGCUCAGCUGGUAACCUCGCCACUGGAGAUUAUACUGCAGCAGCUGUCAAAAUUGCACAGGAACAUUCUGAUUUCGUGAUCGGUUUCAUAUCGGUUAAUCCGGCAUCUUGGGCUGGGGCACCUGUAAAUCCCGCAUUCAUUCAGGCUACCCCAGGUGUUCAAAUGGUGAAGGGUGGUGAUAACCUUGGUCAGCAGUAUAACACUCCAUAUUCUGUCAUCUACGACAGGGGGAGUGACAUAAUAAUUGUGGGCCGCGGAAUCAUAAAAGCAGCAAAUCCAGUAGAGGCUGCCAGGGAGUACCGGCUUCAGGGAUGGAAUGCUUACUUGGCUAAGUGCAGCUGAGGUUCUGCCUCCAUUCUGGAUAACCCGAGCAAUGUUCUUGUUUUUGCCAAAAGUUAGCCGGUGCGAGUGAAAUCUCGAUGAGCUUGUAAUGCUGAUAUUAUUAAUCGUCGCCCUCUUUUGGUGAUGCUGCAACACUCUGUUUGAAGAUAUCCAGAGAUCUUUUGCAUUUUAGGGCCCCCUCCCCGCAUAAAAGUAAGUUCUAAAAAUAUUUUUUGGUUGAAAGUUA